AUGCAGGAGCAUAUCAGACAGUCGUGUGAAGAUCGCUUGGAUAACUUAGGCGGUAGUAGACUGACCUUAGAUGCGAAAAGACUUCAGAGAGACAGCGAACCUAGAGCUGUGAGUUUGGAAAGAGAAAACCACACCAAUGAAAUCAAAAGGCAGAGAAGCUACUCGAAACAUAAGGGAAGUCUCCUAAAAGGCAUCGUAGAUCUUUCUCAAAGUGCAUCACUCAGCCCUAUGCUGGGUAUAUCUCUACCACUACCUGCUCAAGCUGAAAAACUGGUCAUCGAUGACGCUUCUCAGCCCAGCAGUAUAGAUUCAGACUUUAUACCUGAUGUGCCUCUAGACUCCGAAGAAUCAUGGCACCGUGAUGCAAGCAGUGGCCCUGUCAUCACAGAGAACGUAAGGAUAGAACACAAUGGAAGACAUAGAAAGAGCGAUACUAGUAAAAAAGAAGAAUCAAUAAGAAGCAAAACCAGAGAAAGUGACGAAGCUAGAGAAAAGAAAGAAAUAAGAGACGUGUCUGUUGGCGCUCCAGAUACUAAAGAGUCUGGAUGUCAAACGAGAGAGAGUUUAUUUCAAACAGAAACUGCACCUAGCUCAGACGGUUCGGGAAGCAAUGGCCCAGUUUUCUCUACCUUCGGUUACUCCGGAGCAACUAUAGUCAGGCCCUCUCCACCACCUCAGACAAAUACAUCAGAAAUUACUAUAGAACUCCUCAGUCAGGUUCCGCAAUAUCCAGCUGGAACUAAGUCCCAGAAAAAGUUAUCAGAAAGGCGUCCAAUGAGCACAGAGACAACUCGUUCUGCUCCUGACGUCAUCAUAGUCUCCAAGCCGAUUCGCUGAGAACGACCCUUGGGGCCACCACCAUGGGCCCCAACCCCUCCCGAAUAUUGGGCACGCAGCUCAAGCUACGAGCCCAGGACACGACCGGAGGGUUCUCAGCAGCCACGUAUCUGCUACCAAGAGAAUUUCUCUAAAAGCAUGUCUUUCGAAGCGUGUGACGGCUACUAUAGCAGAUAUUUCAACGAAGGACCAAAACUAUUCUACGAUUAUUGUUUGAAGAGUGAAUUUAAUAGUAAGUCGAAAACACUACCACGGAAUUUGGGCUCGGAAUUCAAGCCCAAAGUUUACCCUCAGAGAAGUGUAUGUUUUUACGGUGUCGACGAUGAAUCGCCGUGCAAAAAACAUAAUACAGUCGUGGUGACGGCUGAUAUAGAACCAUAUAGAUAGCAAGAAAGCACAAUUGACGUUUGAGCGGGCGUUGUGAUAUUAAUGUUUUUUGGUUCAGUCAUAACCCUUUGAAAAUAAAUAUUUUAUUUUAUUAAAUGAAAAUCUAUCCUGGAUUCGUCUAUUUGUGAUUGUAGACCUAUAAUAGAUUUCUUUCUAGAUAUUUUUAUAUGUUAUUGGAAAAUAACAAUAGUUGCUUGUAGCUUCGUUAAAGAAACCUCUCUCUUGAUGAGGUUUGGUAAUUUUUUUGUGAAGAGACUUGAAAAAUACUUUUGUUGAAUUGUAUUUAAUUAUUUAAAAUGAGCAAUAAUAUUGUUAUCGUGUGAAAGAAUUUAUAAUUAUUUUAUAUUAACUACUGUGAAAAACUUUUCUCGUUUCACAAUUGACUAGCUUGUUUCCGAGUUUGUUGUAAGUAAUUGGUAUAGGAUUGCCUCCAUUUUUUGUAAAUCAAUUAUCGUAUACCUUACAUAUUGGAUUUCAUCUAAUUUCAAGGAUAUCCAAUGUUAAUGUUAUGAAUUCAUAUUUUAAUCAUUUAUUUUUCACCAAAUAUUAAAUUUAUCAAAAUUGCUGGAAAUACACAGUAAGAAAAAUACAACUUUAGUGACUAUAUAAAUUUAAAUAUGUAAUUUAAAUUAUUUCAUGAAAAGCUUGCUUUAGGUAUCAUUCUAGGGAAUGAAUAGAGUAUUGUUAAAUUUUUGAAAACGAUCAAUAUUUUAUAAAGUUAAUGGUAUUUGAAAAAUAUAUCAUAAUAUAAAUACGAACGCACACAUAUUUCAAUUGAUAUGUAAUGUAAUCUUAUUAUUUCUUUUUUUUGUGAAUAUAUUUAUUUUUAAUUAAUAAACAUUAUUUAUACAGUCUUCCUAUCUGUAAAAUGAAUAUGCUAUUUAUUAAUUUUAUAUGAAUAAUGUUUUAUUAUUAGACAAAUAAUAUUAUUAAAACUCGUAAAUAUUAUUACAUUUUUUAUAUAAAAAUUAAAUCAGAUAAAAAUAUCUUGUAUCACAACUAUACAGUUGUCGAAAUAGAGGAAUAUGAAUGUUUUAAAAUAUUUGCAAUACUAAUAGUUUUCUGAACGAAAUAAAUAAAAGUACUGGAAUAGAGUAAAAUCCAGGAUAAAAUAACAUUUUUUUGUAAAAAAAAUAAAACAUAGUUGGGCCAGAUAUACUUUAUAGAGAAAUUCGUCAUUUGAAAUGCAUUUUGUUGGUGAUAUUAACAUGUGAAAUAAAAAAAAAACAGUGUGUCAUUUGUUUGUGAUUAACAGAAAAUUAUAUGUCGUUAAUAAAUAAGUUGAUGCUUUUUCAAACUUAAAAGA